UGAUUGAAUGGGAUUGCUUGGCUUUACAUACAAUCAUGCAAUCAACUAAAUUAUACGGAUUUAAAUACUUGGGAAAUGGUCCCCUCAGUACAAUUGAAAGCAGUAAAAGACCUUUUGUGGUAUACAUGAGAUUAUCCUCUUUCCGGAAACAGUAAUAGGCUGAUCAUGAACAGUAAAAUUGCCUCGAGGAAACAAGAUAGAAAUAAUAAGGCAAAAAAGACAAGGUCAAUUGGCUUGCAUGGAGUUGCAACCAUUUUCUUUAGCCUGUUUGUUCUUGUUCCUAAAAUCCCAACUCUUAUUUGAACCGUGUGAAUAGACAGCAAACAUAUGCUCCAUUUUACAUAGGAUUUUGAGUUAAAUCUGAGGCAGGAGAGAUGGGGGUAGGGUUGAAGACUUGGUUUUCCACUACUUUUUCUUCGUCAUCAUCAUCAUCGAAAAUAUUAUUGUUUGUGGUGCCAUUGAUUCUGGUGACAGGUUUUGCUUCUCUUUUAGUUCUAAAAGGUUCCGGCUGGGUUUUUAUUUAUAGUCACCCUUUUUCAAAACCUAGUCUAGAUAUAGCAACUUCACAGGCAAAACAGAGGGAUGGCCUAGCGGAUUUACGUUUGGAGGUAUUGGCGGUGGAUGAUCACAGCAGAAAAGAAGCUUUGUCAAACGAGACUGCCAUUAACAACUCUGUUUCUUCACCAAUUUCAGCUGAGCCCCUGCAAGUUCAAGACUCUUUAAUCGAUGAUCACCCUUUGAAGCCAAGAAGACGAAGAUUUUGGACGAAUUUGGAUAGGUUGGAAGCUGGUCUCCAAAGAGCUCGAGUUGCCAUCAAAGAAGCUAUAAACGGGAGUCGAUUACAGGAUCCUGAUUACAGCCCCGACGGCCCCAUAUAUAGGAAUGCUAAAGUCUUUCACAGGAGCUACUUGGAAAUGGAGAAACAGUUCAAGAUCUUUGUCUACAACGAAGGGGAGCUUCCACUAUUUCACGACGGUCCUUGCAGGAUGUUAUACACUAUAGAAGGACAGUUUAUCAAUAAGAUGGAGAUGAAUAAAAAGUUCCGAGCCCUCAAUCCUGAAAAAGCCCAUGUGUUUUUCCUUCCUUACAGCAUAACAAGAAUGCGCCACUUUGUUAAUGAUUUGAAGUCCUUUGGGAGGAUCGUCUUAGACUAUGUAAACGUUAUUGCAGCAAAACACCCAUAUUGGAAUCGAAGCCUUGGCGCUGACCAUUUCAUGCUUGCUUGCCAUGACUGGGGGCCUCACACUAGUUUUUACGUACCAGAGCUAGUGAAAUUCUCCAUUCGUGCUCUAUGUAAUGCAAACACCUCCGAAAAGUUCAAUCCCUGGAAGGACGUAUCCGUUCCAGAAAUUAAUCUUAAAAACAAUAAGCUAGAGGGCUUGAUUGGGGGGCCAUCUCCAUCAAAGCGCUCAAUCUUGGCUUUCUUUGCAGGAGGGAAUCAUGGCCCUGUGAGACCAAUACUCUUUGAGCACUGGGGAAAAAAAGAUCCAGAUAUUCAAGUUCACGAUUAUCUUCCAGGUGGAGUGUCUUACUAUGAUUUAAUGAGACAGAGCAAAUAUUGCCUUUGCCCCAGUGGUUAUGAAGUUGCAAGCCCGAGGGUUGUGGAGUCCUUGUACAAUGGUUGCGUUCCAGUGCUGAUUUCAAAAAGUUAUGUGCCGCCAUUCAGUGAUGUUUUGAAUUGGAAGAUGUUUUCUGUGAUAGUUUCCCUGGAAGAUAUUCCAAAUCUGAAGAAAAUCUUGAUGAGUAUACCAGAAAGGAAGUAUAUAAGAAUGCAGAAGAGAGUUGUUAAAGUAAGAAGGCAUUUUGAGUUGAAUUCUCCACCGAAGAGGUUCGAUGUGUUCCAUAUGAUACUUCAUUCUAUUUGGAUAAGAAGAUUAAAUGUUAGAAUCAAUGAUGGUCUUGGAAAGAUUUCCAACUGAUGAAUCAGUUGGAACAUUUUAUCAUUUGAAGAGAAGUCCACCAAGUCAGCUGUAAUUAGGAAAUGUGUUACAUAAUUCAGGAACAAUAUUCUUUGGCAAUUUGAUGCAGAAGUGAAGUUAAAGCACAAUUGGAACAAAAUCAUACUAAUAAUUAUGUCAUGCCAGGAAGUACAAACUCUUGAAAUAAAAGUGGUGGAACGAAUAGCAUUUUUUUGUAAUUUAAGGAUAGAGAAGAAUGCAAAAGUUGCUGAUAUUGUUAAAAGUUUGGAUUUGGCAUAAUUGACCGGCUUAACAAAUAAUCUAAUAACUAUACAAGCAGCUAUUGUAGUGUUAUCACUCCGUCUAACAAUAAGGAUUUUGAUUCAAUUGAACAUUCGAAUAUUUAUACUUCCCAAUACUCAAAAACUUGUGCCGCUUAUUUCAAUGAGUGAUACUUUAAGUUCUAAACUUAAAUCAAGAAUUGUGCAGAAACUGGGGAGUUCAUUAGUUUAUCUUAUAGUUCGUUUGGGACCCUGAUUGAAUUGGAGAUCAUGCUUUCAAAUUGACCCUUACUCAAUUAGUUGUUG